UCAUAAAGCCAAAGAUAACUAAUAUCCAAAUUGAGGACUAGGGUUUUAUUCGUUCCCGACCCCUCAAAAGCGAAGGCAGAAAUUCGUAUGGAGUCGAUGUUGGUGAAGAAGCCGGACGUUGCUCCGGCCACCGUUUCAGCAUACCGAGACCUAAGUUACUGGGACCAGAGGUUUGCUCAGGAAGAGCAUUAUGAGUGGUUGAAAGGGUAUUCUCAUUUCCGUCACCUAAUUCUUCAAUAUGUUAAACCCAACUCCACCGUGUUGGAAAUUGGUUGUGGAAAUUCUCAGCUGUGUGAAGAAUUGUACAGAGAUGGAAUUACUCAGUUGACCUGCAUUGAUCUGUCCUCAGUUGCUGUCGAGAAGAUGAAGCAAAGAGUAAUAUCCCAAGGAUACAAAGAAAUUAAAGUGCUGGAAGCUGACAUGCUAGACCUGCCUUUUGGAGACGAAUCUUUUGAUGUGGUUGUAGAGAAGGGAACAAUGGAUGUAUUGUUUGUUGAUUCGGGAGAUCCUUGGAAUCCUCAAGAUGCGACUGUGAAUAAGGUUACGGCCAUGCUUGAAGGCGUCUACAGAGUCCUGAAACCCCAAGGCAUUUUCAUCUCCAUUUCUUUCGGCCAGCCACACUUUAGGCGUCGUUUCUUUAAUGCUCCAACUUUUACCUGGUCCAUCGAAUGCAAAACAUUCGGCGAUGGGUUUCAUUAUUUCUUCUACAUCUUGAAGAAGGGUGAACAAUCAUCAGACAACACUGAAUUCAUGGAAAAGACAGACGCCCCUUCGCUGAAUCUUUUCCAUGAAGAAUUAGACAACGAGGACUAUCUAUUCCGUACGGAUCUUGAUGGAAUGUGAUGCCUCGAUCGCCAUCUCCUUAACCGGAGGUAUUUUCGCCAGUGAUGAUUAUAUGGUUUUUGUUGCACCUAACCUGAGUUGAUCUUUCAAUUCUGCAACUAUUUACUUCAUUAGAUGGAGUUUUUAAUCGACUAGUUUGAAAACAUGAUUGCUUUUAUUACAAAAGCGUUUAAAAACAAUGCUCUUUUUCUUGCUGUAAAAAAUCUGCUGUUGUCUGUAAUUGCUCGACUAAAACUCAUUAGCUCGAGAUGCUGUUAUACCAACUUUUCUCUACUUGUUAUUUUGGUUU